AUGGACGAAGAAACGCCGCAGAAGAACGUGGCAGAGGCCGUAGGAGAAGCAUCGGAGUCGCAUCCAGCGCAAUCGGAUAAACAACCACGUCAGGAACACGAGACUGAGCCGCCAAACGGCACAGCAGAGAAGAGGGAAGAGGAGGACAGAGCCACCAGUAGUGUAUCUGCAAGUGGUACACCGGAGGCGGCUGCUGCAGAUGAAGAGGAUGAGAGCGCCGGCGAGAAGGAGGCCGGCAUACCGGAACAGAGUGCCACAGCCGAGAGUGUGCCGCAAGACACAUCAGAGACGGCGGAGAACGCCGCCGCAGACGAAAUAAUAGAGCCAGAGAAGGCGGCAGGAGAAGGAAACACUGCAGAGCAGCAGGGAAACACAUCGAACGUGGCAAAGGACGGAGAAGGAGAAGCGCUGGAAGAGACCAAGAUGCCCGAGGAGAAGGCAGACGUCGCAAAGGACACUCCAGCCGCGGUGGACCAAGCCAAACCCACCGAGGACGGAAUUGCUGACGAUGGCGCUGAUGAUGGCGCUGACGCUGGUGCUGAUGGCGCCUCCAAUCAGGCCACCGGCGGUGAGCCUCAGGCGGCUCCAAAGAAAAAGCCGGCCAGCGACCCAUCAGAAGCUGCAGCAGUCCUAGCAGAACCAGCGCAGGCUGAGGAGAAAGUCAAGAGUGACUCUCCGGAAGAUUCCAAGGACAGUGCAGAAAAACAGAAGUUCCAGGGCGGUUCUGGGCCCAAUUCAGGCUCCAACAACGAUAUGGACGACCUAUUCGACGACUCCAGCCUUCCACUUCUGGAUAACGAUGAUCCAGAUGAUGGCGACUUUGUAAUGCAAAACAACGAUGAGAACAAUGGCGACGAGAACCACAACGAGGAAGGCGUUGACAGCAAAACAGUGGCGAUUGGAGACCUCAGCGCUGGAGAAACGGAGGACAAGGACGAAGCGGCCUUGGAGGAGGAGAAGGAGGAGAAGGAGAAUAAUGAAAUCGUGGACAAAAUUGGCACUGGCAUAGAUGACAAACCGGAGAACAUAGAGCAAGGCUCACCAGAAACUGUGAACGAUCUUCAAGAAUCGGCCGAAAAUCUCUCAAAUCCCCAGGUGGGCACCAGUCCGAGUAAGGAGCCUGAAGUAUCGAUGUCUUCCCUAGGAAGACAGACCCACACCAUCGUGUUGCCCUCUUACUCUUCUUGGUUCAACUUGUCCACAAUACAUGAAAUUGAACGUGAGUCUCUUCCGGAGUUUUUCCAAACCGUCAACAAAAACAAAACGGCCGAGAUCUAUAUGAAAUACAGAAACUUCAUGAUAAAUUCCUAUCGAUUAAACCCAAACGAUUACCUCUCCUAUACAGCCGUAAGAAGAAACUUGAUUGGAGAUGCAGGAUCUUUACUCCGACUACACAAAUUCUUAACCAAGUGGGGAUUAAUCAAUUACCAAGUGAAUCCAGAAACAAAACCAAAGCAAACAGAGCCACCGUACACGGGAGAUUUUGUGAUAGAUUAUGACACCCCGAGGGGAAUGUUCCCAUUUGAGAGCUACAAACCUCCGACCACGUUCCCAGAUCUCAAAAAAUUAAGAGCUAUAUUAGCACCUCCGUCUACAGGUGCCGAUGAAGAAAAACAAAGUACAAAAGACUCAGAACAAAAAACCCCUGACAGUGAACCUCCCCUCAAAAAGAGAAAAAUUCUCAAACCAGAUAUAGAUCAUAACUGGGAUGAAAUUUCGUUGCAGAGAUUGGUCGAAGGUGUUUCCAAGCAUAAAAAUGAUUGGUACAAGGUUGCCGAGUUUGUGGGUGGGAACAAAACCCCAGAUGAGUGUAUCAUCAGAUUCCUGCAGUUACCAAUCGAAGACAAAUUUUUGGAGGAUAACAAGGAUGUCCUUGGUCCAUUAAAGUAUAUCCCAAAUUUAUCAUUUUCUCCAAAUGAUAACCCGAUCAUGUCCACAUUGUCAUUUCUUGUCAAUAUGGUGGAUACCGAUGUCGCAGUGGCCGCAUCCAACAGAGCAAUCAAGGUGAUGGAUAAGAAAUUGGAAAAGAAACUCAACCGCUUUAAGGACCCCGAGGAAGGGGCCACACCCGCCAGUGACAAGGAUGAUGCUCUAAAGGACGUUAAAGAUGCUGCAGUUAAUACUUUUGGGAUAAUUGGAGCAAGGUCUCAUUUGUUUGCAACUUUCGAAGAAAGAGAAAUGCAUAAAUCUCUCGUAAAUAUAAUUCAACACGAAUUGAAAAUAGUAGACAUGAAACUUGCGAAGUUAACGUCUUUAGAAAAAGAGUUUGAGCUACAGAGAAAGCGUCUAGAAAAGAAAUCAAGCGAACUUUUGGAAGAAAAACUAGGAAUCUUCAAAUACAACAAUGCAGCAACCUCAAAACUUUUACAGGUUAUCUCUUUACUAGAAUCAAAAGACGACUACAAGGAGGUGGACAUUGGUAAAAUCAAAAACUUGAUCACACAGUCAAAGGAAAUUUUGUAUAAGCCACCUCGAAAACAGUUAAAUAUACUUGAAGAAGGGGAUUUUGACGAAAGUGGUGAAAACUUGAAUGAAUCUGUGAAACCUAUCAGUUUCGAAGCUCCAAUGCUUUACAGGUAUUGGAGCGGAUAA